GAUGACCUGAAAGAAAUCAGAAAAACCAACCCAAUAUCUGGAAAUGAAUCUCUACGCCCACGACCUCUCUCUCCUCGACUUCAACUUCAACUUAUCCGAUCCCAUUUCCGACGAUCCCUUCUCUCACCGCACCUCUUCUUUCUUUUCCCAAACUGCCCCUCCCCCCGACGACGACGACGACGACGGCGUCGCUACUGAUGGCAGAGCCAGCAACAAAACCAACGGUAAGCGCGUGGAGCGCAGUCGCAGCCCUCCCAAGUACCGCCACGACGGCACUUCGCCUCUCCCUCUCGGAAUGGAUUGGAGCCCUCCUCCUCGCAAUUGGGACGGACGAGACUCUGUUUGGCCACAUAAUCCUCGCACAGGAUGGAGUUACUGCGUCACAGUUCCUUCUUGGACUUACCUGCCCAAACCAAGAGGUUCAGAUGCUGUGGUGUUUUAUAGGGUUCAAGUUGGUCUACAAUCACCAGAAGGAAUCACAACCACUCGAGGGAUAUUAAGAAGAUUUAACGAUUUCCUAAAGCUAUUUUCUGAACUUAAAAAGGCAUUCCCACUGAAAGAUCUUCCUCCAGCUCCCCCAAAGGGGAUUCUGAGAAUGAGAAGUCGGAUACUAUUGGAAGAGCGAAGGUGUUCUUUGGAGGAUUGGAUAGAUAAACUAUUAUCGGAUAUUGAUAUAUCAAGAAGUGUUUCGGUUGCAACCUUUCUAGAGCUGGAAGCUGCUGCGAGGUCUUCGUUCAAUGAUCCACAGCAAAUUUCAGAAGUGAACUCUUUGACAAGUGGCGCAGCUCCAUCAUUACUGUUACAAGCCCACUCAGAUCUUGCGGGUAGCUCAUCUGUCACAUCAGAUUAUGGUAAUGAUACUCCAUACGAGGCAUCUGAGCUUGGAACACCUAGGCAUGGAGAUGAUAGCCGUGCUAAUCUUGCGAUGGAGCAUUCGACAUCUGAUCAGGACUUAGAUGAUUCGAUAGAUACAUCUGCUAAGUUGGGCCUAUUUAACCAGAAAUUUAUUCGGGAAAGCCUAGUAAGGCUCUCCAGGCGCCAAAUUUCUGGUAGAAGUAAUGCCAAUACUAUAGACAAGGACCAAACAAGUGAAAAUACUUCUGGUUUUAAACCUCUUUGCAUGGACGGAACAGAGUUCAUUUUAGAACCUGAGGAAAGCAAGAGGGAUGGCCAUGCUCGAAGACUAUCAACAGAGAGUUUUGGAAGUGAUACAUCUACCUUGCGGGUGGCCAAUUUAUUUGGUGAUGGCUCUCUCAACCUUCCUGAAAGUUCUGAAGCUCCUAAAAUUGCAGAUACUUUUGACAACUCAGAGUUAAAGUUCUCAAGGGCUAUACUAGCUGCUUUCCCAUAUGAUGAACGACAAAAAUUAAACAGAGUACUAACUACUUUGCAACAGAGAUUAGGAACAGCAAAAAUUGACAUCGAGGAUCUUAUAGCAAGAUUGAAUCAAGAAGUUGCUGUUAGACAAUUCCUCACAACAAAGGUUAAAGAUCUAGAAGUGGAACUUGAAACUACCCAACAAAAUUGUAAAGAAAAUAUUCAACAGGCUGUCUUAAAUGAAAAAGAAAGAUUUACCCAAAUGCAGUGGGAUAUGGAGGAACUCCGAAGGAAGUGCUUGGACUUGGAAUUACAAUUAAGAUCUGAGCAGGAUGCAAGGGAGCAUUCAGAGUCAACAAAAAUUUCUAUCAUUCAGGAGAAUGACCUAUUGCUACAGGAGUUGGAUGUCUCCAGGCGACAGCUUGACAACUUGCAGAAAUUUCAUGAAGAGUUUGAGGUGAAAUCAAAGACAGAUGUUAAGCUACUUGUAAAAGAGGUCAAAUCUCUUCGAAAUUCACAAUCAGAACUGAAGCAGGAACUGAGUCGAUUGAUGAAAGAAAAAUUAGAAGUAGAGAGAAUUCUUCAGAAGGAAAAGCGAAGAAUAGAGCGUACAGCGACUACUAACACAAAGCUGCUGCAUGAAUGUGAAAUACUUCGCAGUCGGCUUCAAGAAUGUAGUGUCAAUUUUCUGGUUGAAGAGGAAGAUAAACUCAUAUUGGAUACUUCAUCACCAUCUGAUGCUAUUGAUCUACUGACAACGUCUGACAAUCGAAUUGGUCUUCUUCUUGCAGAGGCACAGCUCCUUGCACAGGAUGUGGAAAAUGCUGUUAUAGCAGCAGAUGAUGCUCAAGACAUUAAGGGUGGUGAUAGGAUGGCUGAUGAUGAGCUGAGAAAGAUGCUGACAGAUCAAUUUGUUGACAAUGCCAGACUAAGAAUGCAGGUCAACUCAGUAAUUCGCUGUGCUCUGAAUGCAAAUAUUAAAGAUGAAAAUGAUGAUGAUGAUGAAGAAGAAGAUUCACAUCAAAGAAAAACUGUUUUAAGCAAAUUCUUGGAGAGGUAAUAUAUGAGAAUUACAUAUCCUUGUUACCAGAUAUGUUAUACACAUAUCCUUGUAUGUACAGGUAGAAUACGUCAGUUCUUUUAUAUCUGUCAUGGCUGUGUAGAAAACGUUGUUUGGAUGAUGUUAGUUUUUGGAAUAAAUAUAAAUUUAUUGAUCGAGUAUAUAGUAACAAGUUGUGGGA